CAGGCAGAAGUAAUCGAUCCCCGCUUUGUUUCAUCAGACAAAGCUGGAGGACAGAGGGAACAUGGAGCGCUGCUGGCUGCUGAGGUUUUUAAUACUGCUGCAAGUUUAUGACUUAUGUUCAGUUUCUGCAUCAGGGGAUCAGUGGAAGAAACACAGAGACCAGAUAUCUGCUGCUGUUAAAGGGUACACCCCAUGCAGCCCUGAAAACUGCAGCUGCCAUCAAAGCGUUCUACAACAGGACCUGCAGCCCUUCAAAGGAACAAUCUCUGAGGAUGUCAUGGCUGCGACGAUCCAAAGAGGAGUGGGCACACAUUACCAGAUUAUCGGACACAAGCUGUACAGAGAAAAGGCCUGCAUGUUUCCCUCCAGGUGCAGCGGGGUGGAGCAUUUCAUCCUGGAGGUGAUUAACAGAUUACCUGACAUGGAGAUGGUUGUAAAUGUCAGGGAUUACCCGCAAGUUCCAAACUGGGUGCAGCCGACUCUCCCUGUCUUCUCUUUCAGUAAGACUGCAGAUUAUCAGGACAUCAUGUAUCCUGCCUGGACCUUUUGGGAGGGCGGACCUGCCGUGUGGCCGAUAUACCCCACUGGACUGGGAAGAUGGGACCUGAUGAGGGAUGAUCUCAAGAAGUCUGCAGCACAGUGGCCGUGGAAGAAGAAAGAGUCUAGAGGAUUCUUCAGAGGCUCCAGAACCAGUCCGGAGCGGGACCCUCUCAUUCUUCUGUCCAGAGAGGCUCCAGAGCUAGUGGAUGCAGAGUACACGAAGAACCAGGCCUGGAAGUCUGAGAAGGACACGCUAGGGAGACCUCCCGCCAAAGAAAUCCCUCUGGUCGAUCACUGCAAAUACAAAUAUCUAUUCAACUUCCGAGGUGUGGCAGCCAGCUUCCGCUUGAAGCAUCUCUUCCUCUGUGGCUCCCUGGUGUUCCACGUGGGCGAUGAAUGGCAGGAGUUUUUCUACCCUCAGCUCAAGCCAUGGGUCCACUACGUCCCAAUCAAGCAGGAUCUGUCUGACCUCAGGGAGCUUCUACAGUUUGUCAAAGAGAAUGACGCCAUCGCAAAGGAGAUCGCUACAAGGGGUAUGGAAUUCAUCCUCAAUCACCUGCAGAUGCAAGAUAUUUCCUGCUACUGGGAGAGGCUCCUCUCCGAGUUUGGCAGUCUCCUCACCUACCAACCCACAAGAAAGGACAACUACAACCAGAUUGUCCACAGACCCAGCAGGACGGAGCUGUGAGAGGGAGACUCUGGAGGAUCAGGGCAGCUGCAUCGAAGGGAAACUCUACAUGUUGAAUGUAAAACCUGCACAAAGACAUCUUAAUGCCUCAAGAAUCAAUGAAAAGGGAACUACAGUUACAGGGCAGGUAGUUUAGUCUCACGUAGUCGUGGGUGUAGUGUAGCCUCAGGGCUUUAAUGCUAGCUGUAAAACAUCGACACUCAAUCAUGUUUCUAGCUUCUGAAAUUAUCUCAUUUUUGCACGGCUGUUCACUGUGCUCACCAGCAAAGCAUCCUGGGAUACAUGCCUAACCAGCGGGUUAAGAAGCGGCGUUUUGUUCUCAUCUAAUGCAAAGCAAUAUUUGCCGCUCCAUAAAAAAUACAUGCAGUUUCAUGGUUUAAAACAUCCCUUAAAGUAGCGUUUGAUCAACUAAUGCUGGGGAGUCUCAGCUUCACUGUAAAUAGAAAGUUACACAGAUGCUUAAUUCUGGUUUACUUCAGAGGUGUGAAUCUGAAAAAGGGACUCAUUUUCGUGUGAUUUACUUCGGAUUAACAGGUUUUACGUUAGCCAAAACAACAUCAUGAAGCAGUUUGCUUGUAAGCAUUAAAAGUUAACUGGCGUGUUGCAUUCUGGGAGGUGUAGUUCCCAGUUGAUUUACCUGGUCUUGGGCCUUUAAACAAAGAUAUCUUUGAAAAAGGGCAGUUAUAUUUGAGAACUUUUGAGCCUCCCCAAUUUUAUAGAAGUGGAAAAACCAAAUCUGUUCUGUUUUUCUCUUUCACACACAACAUUGUUUGCCAUUAACUUUUAAGAUCGCCUCAAAUAUCCACGACAGCUACAACUUUUACGCAAUUCUUAUUUGCAAUUUUGUUUUCUAACCUGCAGCUUAAUCUGUUGUUGAUUAGGAUUAAGUGUCAUCAUUAAUAUUCAAUUUGAAAGGCUGUUACUUCUUGUCUUGUUUCCCCAUCUUGCCUUAGUCUGUUAAACACACACUUUACACAGGACAUCAUCUCUGCCACACUACCCUCUCCUGGAGAUUUGAAGGAACUUCAACUCACUUGUAUUAGUUUUAACCCAGCACUCAUAAAUUUCCCUGUUUGUUUGUUUUUAAUGAAAAUGUUAGUGCAUGAGCAGUUUAGCCUCAAGUUUUGUACCUUUUAAAGCACAAAGGAAUACUCACAGAACAGAUUUCCUUCCACACUAAGUGCCAACAGUGAGCAAUAAUGACUUCAUAGUAAUGACAAUUUCAUUUGUGGACUUAUCAGACUCAUUAUCAUUGUUAUCCCUGCUGUACACAGGUGAUGUAAAGCUAAUGCAGGGUAAUGUUGAAUAUGUUGUAGUAUUCACAUUUUACUGUGAACAAAACAGAUGUAAUGAAAUGUUAAAAACUUGGUGAAUGUGGCUCCAUUAGUGGGAUAGUUUGACCAAAAAGCUGUGAUCAUUUGCAGCGUUUUUAUUAUAACAUUAAACGGUUGGUUCAUAAAACAUC